ACACUGCGCAAUUUCCCCGCACCGCACCUACGCCAUACGGGAAAGCCCACGUGACUCCGGAAGCUGCCAAGUGCGCGGAGGGUGAGGAAAUUUGGGGAGAUGGUUACAUUAACAAACCCCAGUGGAGCGUUCAGGCAUGGGUCACACAUCUGCAGAUCAUUAAGAACGUUUCGAAGCUUUCGGUUAGCGCGAGAGGCCAAACAUCUCGAAAGCAAUAGGAAAUGCACAUCUUAGAGUGUGUGUUAAUCCAUGUAACCGUGCGCGUGCGUAAAGAGAUUGUGUCUCCUGAUCUCCUGACACACACACACACACACACACACACACUUUCUUUUCUCUGCACUCGAAUACACACAAAGAUUCAUACCCACAAAUAAAAGAAACACGUCAGGUUAAUUUCAUGAUCUGCAAGCAACUAACCAUACAUGAGCUGCUAAACAUCCUGAGGAACUGUGGAUGUGCACUUUAAUCUUAACUGGAGUGAGAGUCUUGUGGCACUGCUGCACCACCUUGAUAAAAUCCUGGUGGAUCAUUUCCAGCUCCCUGCUUGUUCAGAUGAAAGGGCUUUCACCCCUAUGGCUGUAGUGCACCACAUGGAUGGGUUUUGGUUUACAAAGUCAACAAAUGUGAGCAGAGCUUGAUUCAGGCCACAUGCAUACACACCCAGCUCUGUUAGCCUGAAUAAGUUCUGCAAAAUGACAUGUAUUCAUGCACCAUGGUUAUUUAUUGACCUUUUUUUUUUUUUUUUUUUUUUUUUUUUACACAUUUGGAUGUGCACAUUUUCUUUACACGUCGUUUAGCAUCUUCCACUGGACCAUUAUAGAGCAUUUAAUGAAGGUAUUUUGUUAAACAGAUACACUAUAUGGCCAAGGGUAUGUGGAGACCUGACCAUCACAGCCAUAUGUGGUUCUUCCCCAAACUGUUGCCACAAAGUAGGAAGCACACGAUUGUUUAGAAUGUCUUUGUACGAUGUUGUAUUCAAAUUUCCCUUCACUGGAAUUAAGGAGCAUGACAAUACCCCUGUGCACAAAACAAAGUCCAUGAAGACAUGGUUCAAUACAGAAUGAUUUUCAGGCUCUUGUGCAGUGCCAGUUUUCAUGUAGUACCCAGGCACAAGAGCCUGGUAAUCAUGCCCAAUGUUAUCUAAGCCAGUAUUUACUUCUAAUAGGAUAUUCUGAUUUCCCAUGCCAACCUCCCGACUGGUUCUUGGUUUCCCCCUGUGCCACCCCAUUUUUAAAAAUCCUGGAAACGCCCAUGCACUGAACACCUUGGAAUGCUGACUGCACACCAGGCCUCCUCACCCAAAAUCAGUGCCUGGCCUCACUAAUACUCUUGUGGCUGAAUGAGCAAAUCCCCACAACCACAUUAUGAAAGCCUUCCAAGAAGAGGUUAUGACAUCAGCAAAGAAAAAGAGACUCAAUCUAGAAUAAAGAUGUUCACUAAGCGCAUACGGGUGUGAUUGGUCAGGUGACCCCAUCAUUUGGUCCAUUUUUUUAGGGAAUAUAUUUCUUGUGAGAAAUAGCAGGGUGUAUAAGAAUGUCUUCAGCAUAUAACUGACUACAGGGUUUUAACUUGGCUAAUUUGCAUUACUUUGAGCCAUUAUCUAAUAGGAAAUCAUUCAUAAGUUGUUUAUCAUGGCUAUGCAACUUGAUGUAACAACAACAAAAAAAUCAUCCUGAUAGUAGGACUAUUCCCUUUUUUUAUUUAUUUAAUUUUAUUUUUUUUAUUAUUACUUUGUUUUUUGACUGAAUUUUAACAGAUUACCAUUUUUUUGUAUCCUGAUUUAUGUAACGCCAUUACAUGUAUUCCAUUACUCCCCAACACACACACACACAUAUAGUCCUUUUUGUAAUUUAUUUUUGUUAGAAUAUUUUUGUGACUACCAUCAAUAUCUACUAUUAAUCUUAUUAGUAGUAGUCUUAUUUUCCUAAAUUCACCCUACCGCCACGUGAUUUCAAGCAGGCCAAUCGGAAGGCUUCCCGCUGUCCGCUGAGAAAGAGGACACGUGUGUAAAAGCAGCAAUCUUGUUGGACGAUUUUAUCCACCGUGUAAGAAAAAAAAAACCCUGCGGAAAAACAUCUGGGAAAAUGCACCGUCCCCUAAUAAAUUAUCUAAAAAAUACUGGGAUAAGUGAGAGACUUUAUUAAUUUAGUAUGAAUAGCUAGUAUAUUUAUUUAUUUAUUUGUUGUUGUUAUUGUUAUUAAUUUCCUGCCAAGCUGCUGAUCACUCUCCAGUCCAGUAGGUGGCGGUAAUGCACCUUAAGUGCAUUAAAACGAAGAUAAAAAAAAAACCCCGCGACUAUUUGAUUCAGCAGGUCACACAGGAGCCUGUUUUAUACGCUUUAAGCACAAACUGCUCAGGAAUAGCACUCCUUUUUUUUUUCCUGAUAUAAUGCCAGCCACGAGUGAAAUAUACACGGCGGAAGAGUGUAACGCAGCAGAGGAGAAGAAGACUCCGGAGGACUCGGCUCUAUUCUCUCUGUUCUGUGAUGAGCGCGGAUAUCUGAACCAGAUCAAAUAUGUUUUACAGACUGGAGUGAAAAAGGGCGACCGCACAGGAACAGGAGUCGUCUCAGUGUUCGGGUUACAGGCCAGAUACAGCCUGCGAGAUCAGUUUCCUUUGCUAACGACCAAACGUGUUUUCUGGAAAGGAAUCUUGGAGGAGUUACUGUGGUUCAUAAAGGGUUCAACAAAUGCGAAAGAGCUUUCAGAGAAAGGUGUGAAGAUUUGGGAUGCCAACGGCUCCCGGGAGUUUCUUGAUAAGAAUGGAUUCACUGAGCGUGAGGAAGGUGACUUGGGCCCCGUGUACGGCUUCCAAUGGAGACAUUUUGGAGCAGAGUACAAAGACAUGCAUGCUGAUUACUCAGGCCAAGGUGUUGACCAGUUGCAGAAAGUCAUCAACACCAUCAAGUCCAAUCCUGAGGACAGGAGGAUCAUCAUGUGUGCAUGGAAUCCUAAAGAUCUUCCCCUGAUGGCUCUGCCACCCUGUCAUGCUUUGUGCCAGUUCUACGUCUCAGAUGGUGAGCUGUCAUGUCAGUUAUAUCAGCGUUCAGGAGACAUCGGCCUGGGUGUCCCCUUCAACAUUGCCAGCUAUGCCCUACUCACAUACAUGAUCGCCCAUAUCACAGGGCUCAAGCCUGGUGAUUUUGUACAUACUCUUGGUGAUGCCCACAUCUACCUCAACCACAUUGAGCCGCUAAAAGUGCAGCUUCAGAGGGAGCCACGGCCUUUCCCUAAACUGAAAAUCCUUCGCAAUGUGGACCGUAUUGAUGAUUUUAGAGCCGAGGAUUUUGAGAUAUGUGACUAUAAUCCAUACCCCACAAUCAAGAUGCAGAUGGCAGUUUAAACAACACAGCCUCUUGGUAAAUUGUAAAUGUUACUGUUAGUGUCACUUAUUUAGAAGAUAUGUAAAUAUUUGCGUUUGUUUCCUGUCCGAUAUUUAGUUGGUUGUUUUAAUAUGAAACUCAGAAUAACACUCCAUCUACAACUCAGAAGUGUAAUGUUUAAAUAUGGACAAUGUCAUCAUCAGCAUGGAUAAUGUCAAGCUUAAAGUUUGAAAAAUAGGCCGAGUAAACAGG